AUGACAGACACUUUUCGCAGGAGAUCAGACUGAAGGAACACUGAGAGCCGUCUAAUUAGAGGAAGCGUCUUUAUCCGUGCAGUCAUGGUGCGUCUUUACGCGCUGUGGAUGUGGACUCAGCUUCAAUUUUGUCAUGCAACGAUUUACAGCAACGACUGGGCGAUAAAAAUAAAAGCUGACCACGACUCUGUCAAUAAGAUAGCAGAGAAACAUGGAUUUACUAAUAUGGGACAGAUCGGAGACCUGAGGAGUUAUUACAGAUUUCGCCACCGUGAGACAGCAACGCGGUCUGCCAUGUCCAACAGUGAGGUGACUCUUAGCAUCGCCAAGGAGACCAAGGUGGAAUGGCUCCAACAGCAGAUGGUCCUGAGAAGAGUAAAAAGGAACCCAAUGGUCGGUCACAUCUAUUCCAGUGACAUGAAGACCCAACGCCCUCCUGGCGAUCAUCUUGGAUCCAGUCGCACACAGACACAGCACUACAAUGACUCAGUGUGGAACAGUCCGUGGUAUAUUCACUGCAGUGAUGAAUCCAAAGGCUGCCAGUCUGGUAUGAACAUCGCAAAGGCCUGGAGGAGGGGGUACACUGGGAAGGGUGUGGUGGUGUCUGUCCUAGAUGAUGGCAUUGAGAGAGAGCAUCCGGAUCUGAAGCCAAAUUAUGAUCCUUUUGCCAGCUAUGAUGUGAACGGACAGGAUCAGGAUCCUUCUCCCGAUUAUUCCAAUAAUGCUCCCAACUACCAUGGGACUCAGUGUGCAGGGACGGUUGCGGCAGCUGCAAAUAACUCUCGGUGCACGGUUGGAGUGUCUUUCCACGCACGCAUAGGCGGCAUCCGCAUGCUGGAUGGAGAUGUGACAGACAUUGUGGAGGCCCAAUCCCUGAGCUUCAGACCACAGUACAUUGAUAUUUACUUAGCUAGCUGGGGGCCACAAGAUGAUGGGGCCACUUUUGAAGGACCUGGGCCUCUGACUCUUCUUGCUCUACAGAAUGGCCUACAAAAUGGCCGGCAGGGGAGGGGCUCUGUCUUUGUCUGGGCCUCAGGAAACGGAGGAAGAAAAGGUGACCACUGUUCCUGUGACGGCUACAGCAGCAGCAUCUACACCAUCUCUAUCAGCAGCAGCACUCCCAAUGGAAGACGGCCAGAUUACCUGGAGCGGUGCUCCUCCAUACUGGCAGCAGCUUACAGUGGAGCGGAGACAAGGGAUAUGGUAACGUUGGGCCCACAUCAAAGCUGCAGCCGGGCUAAACCAGCGACCUCUCUCUCCUCCUCCGUGGCUGCAGGAGUCAUCGCUCUCACUUUGGAGGCCAACCCCUCGCUAACCUGGAGGGAUGUGCAGCACAUUAUUGUCAGGACAUCAAAAGCUCAUCAUCUUGCCGCUCCUGACUGGCACGUUAAUGGAGCCGGAUAUAAAGUGAGCCACCUCUAUGGCUUUGGCCUGCUGGAUGCCGAGAGCAUGGUGAAGGAGGCCGAGCGUUGGAAACAAGUUCCCUCGCAGCACGAGUGUGUGGAGGAGGCUCCCGCCCAGCCGCGCAGAACAAUUCAUCCCGGCUCGUCGCUGCUGUCUGUGUGUGAGACUACGGGCUGCUCUGGCCAGCUCCAGCAUCAUGUGAUUUAUGUGGAGCAUGUUGUCGUCCGUGUUACCAUCACUCACAGGCGUCGUGGUGACCUUUCCAUUACGCUCACCUCACCUUCUGGCACCGUGUCACAGCUGCUAGCUAACAGACCUCUUGAUGACUCCAUUGAGGGAUUUCAGAACUGGGCGUUCAUGACGAGUCACUGCUGGGGGGAGCAGGCGGCAGGGGAGUGGACUCUGAAAAUCCAGGAUACUCCCUCUCAGAAGAGACAAAGCACUGAACUGGGGACGUUAAAGGAGUGGUCGCUGGUGAUUUAUGGCACCGCAGAGCAUCCGUAUCCCAUGCAUCGUGAGCGAGCCAGAUCGGCUGAGAUGCCGACGGAUAGUGACCUCACCGAGGAGUACAGCGGACCCUGCGACCCAGAAUGCAGUGACGACGGCUGUGAGGGGCCGAGCCCGCAGCAGUGUGUCACGUGUUUACACUUUUUUCUAAAGUUCAAGAACAACACAAGGAUGUGCGUGUCUGAGUGUCCCAGGGGAUUCUGGGGCGACCGGCGGCGUUGUAAGAGGUGCUUCUCCUCCUGUGAGAGCUGCACUGGGAGUCGCAGUGAUCAGUGCAUGUCCUGUCAGGCCGGUCACCACCUGACAGAGGGGACCAACACCUGCACGGCCAUCUGUGGGGACAACUACUACCUGGACCACGAUGCAAAUAUGUGCAGAAAGUGCAGCGAAAACUGCUUGAAGUGCACCUCGUACAGCAUCUGCACAGAAUGCAAACCAGACACAAGUCUGCAGGGGAAUCGGUGCCAGCUGAGCUGCGCAGUCGGAUUUUACAACGACAGACAGGAAGGCACAUGCAAACCUUGUCACAAGGCCUGUGCUACCUGUGCAGGCGCUGGUGUAAAAGCGUGCGACCGUUGUGCAGAGGGCUACCUGAUGGAGGAGUGGAGGUGUGUGUCCUCCUGCAGCGCUGGUUUCUUUGCCACCGAGCAGAACCCAGCGAUAGCUGAUGGGCACAGGACAUGUAGGAGGUGUGACGCCAGCUGUCUCACCUGUGAGGGGCCGAGCCGGGGGAACUGCAGCAGCUGUUCCAGCGGUCACAGCCUGCAGGAGGGAGUGUGUGUUGUUAACACUGAGUGCACAGACGGAGAGUACCAAGACGCUGACGGGGAGUGCCAUGCGUGUGAUGCAACGUGUCUAAAGUGCACAGGGCCACGGAGGGAAGACUGCAUCAGCUGUGCUGCUUCACGGGCUUUAGAUGAAGGCCGCUGCCUGCUGGAAUGUGAAAAGGGCAAAUACUUGUCAGGUGGCCAAUGUCACCUGUGUGACCACACCUGUGCCACCUGUGUGGAGGCGGGGCCAGCCAACUGUACCAGCUGUGACACCGAUAAGUUUAGAUUGGAGCGUUACCUGUAUAAAGGCCUUUGUGUAGACGCCUGUCCGGAGGCCUUCUACCACACGCAGGAGAAGAGCUGUGAGCCGUGCUCAGACCACUGUCGCCUCUGCACGAGCCCAGACCGCUGCCUCAAGUGUAACUCCUCCUUCUACGUCUCUGAUGGAGUGUGCGCCAAGCUGGAGUGUGGAGAAGGGGAGGUGGAGGAUCCAGAUUAUGACGACUGCAUGGCGUGUGAGGAGGGCUGCAAGAAGUGUGUCCUGUAUAACCCCAGGCAUUGCUUGUCCUGCACUGAGGGCUUUUACAACUUUCAGGAUGGCUGCUACAGAAACUGCCCGGCCAAGACGUACAGCGUGGAAGAGGAGAUGAUCUGUGUUCCAUGUGACGAGAACUGUGUGAGCUGUGAUGAACACGAGUGCUACUGGUGUGAGACCGACCUCUUCUUAUCAGAGGGGAGGUGUGUUUCAGUGUGUCCUGAUGGUUUCUACGGCGACGAAGACACCAAUGACUGUGAGGAGUGUCACUCAGACUGCGUGACAUGCAGCGGCCCGGAGGACGGCGACUGUCUGUCUUGUGAGGAGGGGAAGACUCUGGAAAACGGAGAGUGUGUGUCCGAACGCGAGGUCUGUCCCAGUAAGACCUUUCGGAGCGAUGGAGAGUGUGAGGACUGUCACCCAACCUGUGAGUCCUGCUCUGGACAGGAGAAGAACCAGUGUACAAGAUGUUCAAAAGGGCAGUUUCUGACCACACAGCAAACAUGUGUGUCAAAGUGCCCAGGGGGGUUCUUUGCCAGGCGGCUGAGCAGUGUGUGUGAGGCAUGCCCUGAAGGCUGUGUGCUGUGUGUGGACUCUCAACACUGCAGCCGCUGUCAGAGCACACGGAAAGCUCAGCUAUUUCUGCAGGAUGGACAGUGUGUCCAGCAGUGUGUCAGGGGUUACCCUGCGGGUCAAGUUUGUCAUAGCUGUGCGGCAGGCUGUGCGUCCUGUGAGAAGAACGCCACCCACUGCCUCGGCUGUGAAGAACCCCUCCUCCUCCACAAGCACCAGUGUGUGGAUGAGUGUCCUCCAGCGCACACCAUCCGGGACGGGGAGUGUCAUCACUGCCCCUCCGCCUGUGAGGAGUGCAACCCGCUCGGACAGUGCACAGGCUGCGAGGAGUAUCACUUCCUCCACGAGGGCCUGUGUGUCCUCGACUGUCCCGAGAGGUUCUUCGAGGACAAAGAGCGAGGGGAGUGUUUGCGUUGCCAUCCCGACUGCGCUUUGUGUGACGGCCCCAACAGCAACGACUGUGAUGACUGUGUGGACCCGGAGGUGACUCUGUACAACGGGGCGUGUCUGCCCUCUUGCCCCGCCCACACCUAUCGAGACACUGUAACAGCAGAAUGUAGAGGAUGUGAUGCAUCCUGCCUCACCUGCUCCGGUCCCCACUCCGUCUCCUGCACCAGCUGCAGAGACGACCACAGGCUCGAGGGCCACAGCCAUUGUGUGCCAUUAGCCAACAAAUGCUCAACUCACGAGUACGCAGACCAGCACGGGGACUGCCAUCCGUGUCACAAAUAUUGCCACAGGUGCUCAGGUCCGGGCAAAACUCACUGCCUGAGCUGCACCCAGAGACAUCUCCUGCUCAAUGGCACCUGUGUGGAUGCGUGCCCCACCGGCUACUAUGAGGACAAGCUGGGCCAGAAAUGUGAACCUUGUCACGCUUCCUGUCAGACGUGUGUUGGGGAAAACAGCAACGAGUGCCUCGCCUGUAAAAGCCACCUAUUCAGAGAGGGCAAAGAGUGUGUGGAGACCUGCCAGCACAGUCACUAUGGAAACACGGACUCGGGGAUAUGUGAGAAGUGUGACCCGAGCUGUGGUGAGUGUAUCGGAGGCGGGGAGGACAGCUGCCUGAGCUGCGCUCUGGGUCUCAUCUACUUGCGGAAAGAAGGCCGCUGCCUCCCCUCGUGCCCUCUGGGAUACUACCACGACGCCGUGCACAGGACCUGCGCGCACUGCCACACCAGCUGCAGAGCGUGUUCAGGAAAAGAUUCUCGAUCCUGCGUCUCAUGCUCCCCUGGAUUUCUGCUCUCUGACGGCAUGUGUGAGUCCAUGUGCGAUGUAGGCCAGUAUCCUGUUAUAAAGGGUUCAGGCCACGCGUGUGAAGAGUGUGACGUCUCCUGUCUGGAGUGUCGGGGUCCUGGUUCAGCCAACUGCACCAUGUGUCCUCCUCAGGCCAUCUUAGAAGCUGGAGGGCGCUGUCUGCUGUGUUGCCGCCAUGAGGAAGAGGAGGAGGAGGAGGCCUCGACGCAGCAGCAGGACUGUUGUAACUGCACUGAGACUCGGGGCGAGUGUGUCCUCAGCACCAACCUGGCCUUCAGAAACGAGGAGGAAGAGGAGGCUCGAGGUAACCUGGCCCUUUUCAUCAUCGCCUGCAUCCUGUUGGUGCUUGGACUAGUAGCCGUAGUGUUCCUCAUCAGACACUCCCGCUCCAAGAGAGCACCCCCGGACAUCACUCCCCGCGGCUACGAGAAGCUGGGCUCCGGCGGGGGUUACGGAGGCAGCAGACAUGGCGGCUACAGCUCUUCCUCCUCUACGUCUCACAGCAACCGUGGCGCCAGCUCCUCCUCCUCCGGAGGCCGCUUCCAAGAGUCUCAGCUGGUUGACAUCAGCGAGCGUCGCUCAGGGGCUAAGGAGGAUGACGACGAUGACGAGGACGAGGACAUUGUUUACAUGGGUCAGGAUGGCACUGUGUACAGAAAGUUCCGGUACGGACAGCUGGGAGAGGACAACGAGGAUGAGUUGGAGUACGAUGACGAGAGCUACACGUUCCGAUGAAGAUUAAGAAAACCUUUAUCCUUCCUCUUUCCUCUGUGCUCUUCAUCUCCUCCUACCCAGGGGGGGCAGACCCAUUUAUCCUCCUCUGAAUAUGAGUUGAAACGAGACAUGAGAAGCUAUUUAUAAAGCGCGGCAUUCUACAACUGCUAUCCAUUCACAAAAUGAAAAGUACAGCUAAAAAAGUCAACGUGAAACACUCUCAAGGGCUUUUUUUAUAUAAUGAAGCUUCAGUUCUAGUCUUGUUUUUAAGUAUGUUGACUCCCUGCAUAUAUCUUUAUAUUAAAUAACUUGAAUUAGUAUUACCUAGUUUUGAAAAUGUCAUGAAUCAUACUAUCCAUCUUUUUAAUUGUUGUGUCAGAUUUGCAUUGUAAACUUAAUGAAACGUUGUAUUUCUUUUGCUUUCCUACAUCCCCAUGUUUUCUCCUGACUUUGACUUUUCAUUUCAAAAGGUGUUCUGUUCAAAUAAAGUCUCAAAAAGAAA